AUGAAUGAUAAUCUGUUGAAAGAAAUACAAUAUUUGACACGUUUAAUAGAAAAUCAUAAGAAAAAAUCAUCAGAAAAGUUAUGCUGUGUAGAAAAAGUUAUUACAAAUCAAAACUUAAGCCCUACAAAGCCAGAGAAAUGUACAAGUCUGCUUUACAAAUCUCAUCAGCUUUCUAAAAUUUCUAAUAAUGUUUCAAACAAUGAAUUUACAAGUACCAAUGUCUAUAUUAAUCCAAACUUUAAACCUCAAAAUUCUGCUAUACAUAUCAAUCCAAAACUACGCAUAAAAUCAUUGGUACACAUUAACCCAAAAAUGAUGAAAAAUGUCAUAAGUUCUAAUGAAAGCACACAAUGUAGUUCUGUAAACAGAGUAACAAAUGUUAAACAAAAUACUGUGCAAAAUCAAAGUUCUAUAAAAAAAUCAGUGCAUGUUAAUCCAAAAUUAAUGAAAAAAUUGUCUUCCUCAGUGCAACCUAAACCAGCAGAACAGAAGGAUAUAGUAAUACAAAAUAUUACUCAUCCAAUGUGUUCAAGAUUAAAACUUGUUAAAAGUACAAAUUCUCCAAAGGUUACUUGUAGUCAAAAGAAAAUUAGUAAUAAUAACAUUGUAAUUUUGUCAAGGAGAAAACUUAUACGUGUAAGACGAGGAUCAAGAAAAUCUAUAAGUACUUCACAAAUAGAACUGUGCAAAAUUAAAAAGUCCUUAACUUCGUCAAUGAAAUGUGUUAAACCAGUAUCUCAAAAAAUUAUAAAAACAAAGUUAUUAAAUUCUUCCCAGCAGUCAAUUAGUAAGAAUCUUUAUCUUAUGAAAUCAUCAAUCAUGAAACCUAAAAUAAACAAAUAUAGAAUUGAUAGAACUAUGCCAAAAACAAGCAACAAAGAACAUACAGUUGUUAGUAGAAAAAAGACUAUGAACAACAAAAUGGAAUUGAUAACAAUUGGGGGAGUUGUUUACAAAUCUUCCAAGAAUCAAUUAGUACGUAAUAGUUAUGGAAUAAAAAGAAAACGAAUAAUAAAUUUAAAAGCUGAUAAAUUUGUUAUAACCACCAAUGGGAAAAAAUUACGUAGAAUAAAAUCUGCAAAAGAAACAUCAGAAAAUCCUAGUAUGAAAGUAUUUCAUGCAAACAGCUUCAAAUUGUCAUCCAACAUAUCGAAAACAAAUUACAAAACUAAUAUAAGCAAUAAAGUCAAGCAAAAAAGUAUCCAGAUAUUGCGUAAUAAAAUGCAAAAGAAUAAUCAACCAUGUUUGAUAUUUCAAAGAUUUGGAUACUGUUCAAAUCAUGCAAAAGGGACUUGUGUAAAACGUCACGAUAAAAAACAAAUUUCUCUUUGCAAAAAAUUUCUUCAAGGGAACUGUUUAUUGGAUAAAUGCCCACUGUCUCACGAUGUAGGUCCAGAAAAAAUGCCUACUUGCAAAUACUUUUUAGAAGGAUGCUGCACGCGAGAUGCUUGUCCGUACCGUCACGUUAAAGUUUCGUCCAACACUCCCAUUUGUAUUGAAUUUUUACAAGGAUACUGUGCUAAAGGUAGUGAAUGUAAACAGCGUCACGAAAAUUUGUGCCCUGAAUUUGAGAAGACAAAGAAGUGCAGUAAAGGUAAGCAUUGUCCUUAUCCACACAAAUUACAAUCUUCUUCUAACACACAAAAUCAUUUAAAAAGGAAGUAUGACGUAAGUAAUCAUCAAGUAGUUUCUCCCACAAAGGAUACUUCCUCUUCUAAUAAUGAAAACAGAGUUAGGUAUUAUGAACAAGCGGAUACUUUAAACAAAUCUCUUGACAAAAAAAGAGAAAGUGUUAUGAAAAAAAUUAAACUUAUGAAAAGAGUAGAAUCUACAGCUUGUUCUAAUACAUCAACUGAAACAUCUAAUGGUAAUGCAGAUGUAGAAAUAAGUGAAAAUAUUGACGAAUUAGAAAUAAUUUCUGAUUCGAAGGUAUUAAAACGACCUCCUAUUGGAAUUCUGCCUGCUUAUAUACCUAUCAAUUAAUGUAGAUAAUACAUUUAUAAAGUUCUAGACUUUUUAUAGUUCUCUGUACAUUUGUGUAUAUCUAUUUUGGCUAAUAUAUCAUGUUCUUGUCAUUUGAUAAAACAGCUUAUGUUUUGACAUUACAUUUAUAGUUAUUGAAGAUUGAAUUUCUAUAGUGUUAUGUUUAAAUAUACACAAAAAAACUAAGAAUUAUAUUUUGUAACAUAUAUACAAUUA